UGGCGGCGGCGACCCGCAGGACCGGGCCCACACUCCCGGGCUGCGGUGGGCAGCGGUCUUGCACCCCGAGCUCGCACGCACCCGGCUUCCUCCUUCCGGCGUGGCUGCACCCCUGCAUCCCGCAGGCAGGCGAGCCGGCGGGCAGCGGCGCGGAGAUCUGGGCGGAGCCCGCCUGCUGGGCUUCGGGGACGCCCACAGGCCCCGCGAGGCCGGGGCAGAGCGCCGGCGGCGGCGGCGAGGAGCGCGAGCGCCGGUGCUCGGAGGUGACGGAGGAACUAUCAACCUCAAGUGGAACAAGUACAGCAUGGAGAUGUGACGCCUCCAAACCUAGCCCGCAGAUGGUCCGUGAUGGAAAAUGUGAAGCCGUCAGGAAGGAUCAUCGAAUGGCCCCUGUCUGACAACAUGCACCACCAGUGGCUCCUGCUGGCUGCUUGCUUUUGGGUGAUUUUCAUGUUCAUGGUGGCCAGCAAGUUCAUCACGUUGACCUUUAAAGACCCGGAUGGGUAUAGUGCCAAACAGGAGUUUGUGUUCCUGACGACCAUGCCGGAAGCAGAGAAGCUAAGAGGAGAGAAGCACUUUCCUGAAGUCACGAAGCCAACUGGGAAGAUGCUUUCAGACAGCCAUCCUGAUCAGCCCUCGGUUUAUCUGGAGCGGCUGGAGCUCAUCAGAAAUGCCUGUAAGGAGGAGGCUUUGCGGAACCUCUCACACACUGAGGUCUCUAAGUUUGUCCUGGAUCGAAUAUUUGUCUGUGACAAGCACAAGAUUCUUUUCUGUCAGACUCCCAAAGUGGGCAACACCCAGUGGAAGAAAGUCCUGAUCGUCCUAAAUGGAGCAUUUUCUUCCAUUGAAGAGAUCCCCGAAAAUGUGGUCCAUGACCAUGAGAAAAAUGGCCUUCCACGCCUCUCUUCCUUCAGCAAAAUAGGAAUUCAGAAGCGAUUGAAAACAUACUUCAAGUUUUUUAUUGUGAGAGAUCCCUUUGAAAGACUGAUUUCUGCCUUUAAGGAUAAGUUUGUUCACAAUCCAAGAUUUGAGCCUUGGUACAGGCAUGAGAUAGCCCCAGGCAUUAUUAGGAAGUACCGGAAGAACCGGACAGAGACCCGGGGGAUCCAGUUUGAAGAUUUUGUGCGCUACCUGGGUGAUCCAAACCGCAGGUGGUUAGACCUUCAGUUUGGGGACCAUAUCAUCCACUGGGUGACCUACGUAGAACUCUGUGCACCUUGUGAGAUAAAGUACAGUGUGAUUGGACACCACGAGACCCUGGAGGCAGAUGCCCCAUACAUCCUGAAAGAAGCCGGCAUAGACCAUCUGGUGUCAUACCCCACCAUCCCUCCAGGCAUCACCAUGUACAACAGAACCAAGGUAGAGCAGUACUUCCUGGGCAUCAGCAAACGAGACAUCCGGCGUCUCUAUGCACGUUUUGAAGGGGACUUCAAGCUCUUUGGGUAUCAGAAACCAGAUUUCUUGCUAAAUUAGUGUGUCAGACCCUUGAAUAUUGCCAGGUCAGGGGUCGGCUAGGUGAGGUGUGAGCACAGAAACAGUACUUCCUCUACUGUGUCCCCUGUUUCUGUGCACGGAUGAUGUUGGGCUCUGAUCACCUGCUUAGCUCAGGUGACAGGUGCUCUGAUGACUCCCCCUCCCCAGCCUGUGUCACCCCCACAAAAGGUUAGGAAAGACUGGAUGUUUGCAGACAGGUGGCCAGACCCAGAGGGUGUGUUAGGAGUCUGCUUCCUUCAGCUGUCACAUUGUCAAUCAGUGGCACUGUGUCAGCUAGCCGGUGGUCAGGUGGCAUCACCCAAGACCUGUGGAUUGAACAGACCCAGCGCUUUCGAGAGAGAUGGAGAUGCUGAGUGGCUGCAGAGCUUACUGGGGCCCACUCGGCGUCGAAUCUAAGCCAGAAUGAGACCUCUUUCUUCCACCUUGUCACAGUAGUAGCCCCAGAAGCAGACAGUAUGUUCCUUGAGCUUGAGGCCCUGUGACAUUUGGUGGUGGUGAUCACAGAACAGUUUCAGAAGUCUGACCUUUCAGGACCCAGGCUAGCCCUUUUUUAGGACCUCUGACCCUACAAGUACCUGCUUCAUUCUGCAGAAGAGUUUCCCUUCCAGAAAGUGAGGGUGUAACGACUUUGAGGGCUUAGAACUUCGCACUGGGAAGGAGGAGCCUGCGGGUCCUGGGAACUCAGGCUGUUGUGGAAUCCGGUACUGAUGUCUUUGACGCCUGCUGUUGUCUUUGACUGCCCCAUCAGAGUGAGUGAGCAGCAGGGGUGUUUGCACCUGUCUCCUGAAUGAACCUCCUGUCCUGAGAGGGGAGAGAGGACAAAGCAUUUCCAGCGGAUAGAGACAAGCACUUACUGAUGACGUGCCAGGGCAACACACAGGCAUGCCAUGCCUGCAUUGCAGAGUCCAGUGCUGUUUACAGACUGCCAAGUCCAUGGGAUCCUACGGCCCCGAGUCUAAUAGUGCCAUCAUCCUUGACUGAAAGACCACAAGUUGGAUAAUCAGAUUCAUCAGCAAUAAAAUCCUGGGUGAGGCCACCUCUUGUGACGUCAUACAGGUAACAAGUCACCAGUCAGUGGCACUGAGGCCAGCCCCAGCGAGAAGAAAGCCACAGCAGCCAUCUCAGCUGCCAACCAGCAGCAAAGGGCUAUUAAAGAUGACAGGGCAGUUUCUCAGAGUGUGUCCCUGGCACACGCAUCUGCCCAGAGUGGAGAGGAGUUGUGCUAGCUUUUCCUGUAGGCGACAGCCCUACUCUCAAAAAGCCUUUCCUCAACUUGUAAAUGUGAAAGUAAAAUAAAAUUUAAAAUGUGUGCCAAAUCUGACCCAUGAUUCCCAGGGAGGAGGCUCUAGGGUCCUGAGUAACUCCUGAGGCCAGGGAUGGGGCUACAGACCUGAAGAAGGCUCAUCCCUUUCUUGUGAACCAAUAUGCCAUAAAUGUGACAUUGGGUUAUUUGUUAGUGAAGUUUUAGCAAAGCCUUCUUAAAAAUCACUCCAGUCCUGAAUUGCUGAUCAGAAAUCUCUUUCCUGUUUUUGACAAGCAACAGUGUCAAUAAUGUGUGUGUGAAGUUAAGGCCUUCGAGUUAGUCUUGAUUAAAGCAGCAUUUUCU